UGUGUUUAUAGUUCGUCUCUCUUUACUCUUUCACUUGCGAGUUUCAAUGGAGAUUUCCCCAUGGUCGCUACCCUUCAAUCUCCUCUUCACUUCCAUGUUAAUUGUAGUAGUCUUAGCUGCUGAUCCAUAUUCAAAAGCUCUAUUGAGCUUAAAAUCACAAAUCAUCGAUGGUUCUAACAGCUUGGAUGAUUGGAAAGUGCCUCCUGGUGAAACCCCUUCGGGGAAAGUCCAUGCAUGUUCUUGGUCUGGUGUUAAAUGCAACAAAAACUCCACCAUUGUUGUCGGUUUAAACCUUUGUAUGAAGAAUUUAGCGGGCGAGUUACUCGGGAAUCAACUCAGUGUCUUUACUGAGCUCGUCGAGCUCAACGUCAGUCAAAACGCGUUCUCCGGCGAACUUCCGGUUGAAAUCUUCAACCUCAGCAAGUUAACAACCUUGGAUAUCAGCGGAAACAACUUCUCCGGCCGGUUCCCGAACGGAAUCACCGGUCUAAAAAAAUUGGUCGUUCUCGAUGCUCUUAGCAACAGUUUUUCAGGGCCGUUGCCGGUUGAGGUAACAGAGCUUGAGUCACUUAAGGUUCUCAACUUAGCCGGUAGCUACUUCGAUGGUGAAAUCCCAUCUUCAUAUGGGUCUUUCAAGAGCCUUGAAUAUCUCCAUUUGGCAGGGAAUUCACUCACAGGGAAGAUACCACCAGAGCUAGGGAAGCUCAAAACAGUGACACACAUGGAGAUUGGGUACAAUUUUUAUGAAGGGAGCAUCCCAUGGCAGUUGAGCAACAUGACUGAGCUUCAAUACCUUGAUAUUGCUGGUGCUAACCUCUCUGGUUCAAUCCCCAAACAGCUCUGCAACCUCACCAAACUAGAAUCACUUUUUCUUUUCAGAAACCAGCUCAUGGGAUCCAUCCCAUGGGAGUUCAGCCAAAUGGUUUCUCUGAUAAACUUGGAUCUCUCUGAUAACUUGAUUUCCGGCCCUAUCCCGGAGAGUUUUGGUGAGUUGAAGAAGCUGAAAUUGCUUAGUCUUAUGUUCAACGAAAUGAAUGGCACUGUCCCAGACACCAUAGCUGAGCUUCCAUCAAUGGAAACUCUGUUUAUAUGGAACAAUUUCUUCACUGGGUCACUUCCAGAAAACUUGGGGAGGCACUCAAGGCUUAGAUGGUUGGAUGUUUCAAACAAUAGUUUCAUUGGCAGUAUCCCACCUGGUGUUUGUGCAGAUGGUAAGUUGUUUAAAUUAAUGCUCUUUUCAAACAACUUUACCGGCAAUCUUUCAGCUUUAUCGAAUUGUUCGUCGCUCGUUCGUAUUCGAGUUGAGGAUAAUUCGUUUUCAGGUGAGAUUCCUUUGAAUUUCAGCCAUCUUCAUGGUAUCAGAUACAUAGACCUGUCAGGGAACAGGUUUACUGGUGGAAUCCCUGCAGAUAUUUCUAAAGCUUUAAAGCUUCAGUUUUUCAGUGUCUCUAAUAAUCCAGAACUAGGUGGAACCAUUCCAUGGAAAACAUGGUCUUUGCCAUUUCUUCAAAAUUUCUCUGCAUCAUUUUGUAACAUCUCAGGGAAUCUGCCUCCUUUUAGAUCGUGCAAGUCCCUUGUUGUUGUUGAAUUGCAGAAGAACACUAUCUCGGGAUCAAUCCCGAACAGCAUUUCCAAUUGCCAGUCAUUAGAGAUUAUCAACUUAGCUAGAAACCAUUUAAGUGAUCAUAUACCAAAGGAGCUUGCUAGUCUUCCUGCUCUAGGUGUUGUGGAUUUGUCACACAAUGAUUUCAGCGGUUCAAUACCUGCAGAAUUUGGCAAGUCUUCGAGCUUGGUACUUUUAAAUGUAUCAUUCAAUGAUAUCUCAGGUACCAUUCCUUCACACAAACUGCUGCAAUCAAUGGGUAGCAGUGCAUACGCUGGAAACCCAAAGCUAUGUGGGGCACCUCUUCAAUCAUGUUCGACAGCGAUAGAUGGAAAAAAGCUCAGGUUAAUACUGUUGAUAUCUGCAGGAGUGGUCAUACUCAUUGCAGCAACAGUUUCGUUGCUAAUCCGUCUUCAAAAAGGAAGCAAAGGGCAAUGGAAAAUGAACUCAUUCAUUGGUCUCCCGCAGUUCACGGCCAACGAUGUUUUGAGGAGCUUCAAUGCCACUGAUUCCAUGGAAGAAUUGCCACCAUUUUCCGGUGCAUUUUGCAAAGCAGUGUUGCCUACAGGGAUUACAGUAUUGGUUAAGAAACUAGAAUGGGAGCCAAAGAGAGUGAAGAUUGCUUCAGAGUUCAUAACACAACUGGGAAAUUCAAGACACAUGAAUUUGAUCAGAUUACUUGGUUUCUGCUACAACAAUCAGUUGACUUAUCUGCUAUAUGAUUGCUUACCGAAUGGGAAUUUAGCUGAGAAACUGAGAAUGCAAAGAGAUUGGGGUAUGAAAUGCAGGAUUAUAAUUGGGAUUGCGAAGGGACUUUGCUUCCUUCACCAUGACUGUAAUCCUGCAAUUCCUCAUGGAGAUUUGAAGUCAAGUAAUGUGAUGUUUGAUGAUAAUUUCGAACCCCGUUUAGCGGAUUUCGGGUUCAAGCAUCUGAUACAGUUGAUCAAAGGUACAGUUCCAGCAACAAGUUCCACACUGGGAACAGGGGAAUUCAAUGAUGCCAUCAAAGAUGAACUGUACAAAGACAUAUACGACUUUGGGGAGCUAAUUCUGGAAAUACUAACCAAUGGUAAGGUGAUAAAGGGUGGAGCUAGCAUUCAGAGCAAGCCCAAGGAUGUGGUUUUGAGAGAAAUGUACGACGAAAACGAAGCUGGUUCCACCAAUUCAUUGCAAGAAGACGAAAUGAAACAGGUUGUUGAUGUGGCUCUGCUCUGCACCAAAAGCAGAGCAGUUGAUCGGCCUUCAAUAGAAGAUGCAUUGAAGCUGCUCUCGGGGUUAAAGGCCAACGGUAAAUAAAUAAAUGGCAGUGAUAUUGAAAGAAGAAAGUGUUCGCAAUAUUUGUGGAGCUCAAGCUCAACAUAUACAGUUUAGUAAAUAGGUUUUUUUUUUUUGGGGGGUUCAAUUAUAGUAAUUAAUAGUUCAUUUGAUCAAAAUAUUAUUUCUUUUUGGAAGAUAGAUAUUUUGUAUUUUGAUUUGGUUGUGGCUUGUGAGCUUGUUUAUAUCAAUGACAUUGGAUUUUUUUCUGGUUUUA